AUGGAUGCAAAGCCCCAACGGCCAAUGCGUGCUUUGCGCAUCCGCGACGAGAACGCGCCGCCGCAGCCCCCCGCUGGAAAGACGAUUCAUCAACGGAACAAAUCGACGCCAGCUCUCUCGACCCUCAUGCAGGUUGGAGGCAUCAAGACCGCUGCUGCAAAGCGGACUGUCUUUGCAGAUGUCAGCAAUACCGUUAGACAGCCGGUAGUCAAGGAUGAUAUGCAGAUUCCCGGCAAGGCGAAUGCGCUCGAUGUUCUCAAAGAUCCUUCCAUUGUGACGGCUAAGGAGUUCACGAAGCCGGCUGCGCUUCUGCGGCCUGCUCAGCGUCCUCUGGCGACCCUUCAACAGAAGCCAAUUACAACCAAUGUAGUCCACACCGUGGCCUCUGCCGUGCCGAAGCAUCUGACCGGCGAUGCCAACCUCCAAUCGACGAAUAUUCGCAAAAUCUUGUCCAAGAAGGCCACCACCAUCUUCAAGGAAACGCAUUCCGAUCCCAUCCCGGAGGCUAAUGGUGCCGUGGCUGCUGUGCCAACGCGUCAGCCCCUGGUGCUUCAUACCGACGCGAGUCUCAGUAUGGAGCGAGAUGUCGUCACUGCUGAGCUGAUAGGAAAGGCACUCUCCCGUGAAAAUGCCCCGGUUCCUGCUCCAGCUCUUAAUCCUCACCACCAGCCGCUCGACCUCGUGUCCCAGCCCUUGAAUGUGGCUGAACAGCGUCCAAUUGAGGAGAAGAUCGCCCUGAUCGAGAUGGAGACUAAAUACUCGAGCGCUCAUCUUGAGGUUCAGGAUAAGUACGAGUACCUUGACGCGCUGGAGGAACAGGCUCGCGUUAUUGAGCAGGAACGUAAUGAGGAACUCGCCAAAUCUAACGGGCUGCAUGCUUUGGAUCAAGAAGAAUACUGGGAUGAAGAAGACGAAGAAGAGUACUUCGAGGCCGAUGGAUACAUUACAGCGAGGUCCCGUGGGGACAAUACCACUGGAGGUGUGACCAUUGUGCUUGCCCCGAGGGUGACUGCAAAGUCGCAGCGCGAGCUCGAGGUGGCUAAGAAAUACGUUGAAACUCACAAGAGCGUUGAGGACGUCGAAGAUGAACAGUGGGAUACCUCAAUGGUUGCUGAGUACGGAGAGGAGAUCUUUGAUUACAUGAAAGAGCUAGAGGAACGAAUGAAGCCCAAUGCUUUGUACAUGGACCAUCAGGCCGAAAUCCAGUGGUCGAUGCGCUCCGUCCUCAUGGACUGGCUUGUCCAGGUCCAUAACCGCUUCACUCUCCUGCCAGAGACCUUGUUCCUCAGCGUCAACUACGUGGAUCGGUUCCUCUCUUGCAAAGUCGUCUCUCUCGGUAAACUCCAACUUGUUGGCGCGACGGCGCUGUUCGUUGCCGCUAAGUAUGAAGAGAUUAACUGUCCGUCCGUUCAGGAGAUUGUGUAUAUGGUCGACGGCGCCUAUACCGUAGAUGAGAUUCUGAAGGCUGAGAGGUUCAUGUUGAGCAUGCUGCAAUUCGAGCUGGGCUGGCCAGGACCCAUGAGUUUCCUACGGAGAAUCAGUAAGGCUGAUGACUAUGAUCUUGAGACCCGCACGCUGGCAAAGUACUUCCUUGAAAUCACUGUCAUGGACGAGCGUUUCGUCGGCUGCGCUCCUAGCUUCACCGCCGCUGGAGCACACUGCUUGGCUCGUUACAUGCUGAAGAAGGGUGAUUGGUCUCCGGCGCAUGUUCAUUAUUCUGGGUAUACCUUACAGCAACUUCGACAACUGGUAUCGGUAAUCCUUGAAUGCUGCGAAAACCCCCAGAAGCAUCAUGCCGCCGUUUACGACAAGUAUACUGAUAAGCGCUACAAACGAGCAUCAGUGUUUGUCGAGACCGAAAUUUCCAAAGGCUUCCAGCUUCCUUUCGUCUCCAGGGACAGCCUUGCGGGUCAUAGCCAGACCUGGCGUCGAAAGUAG